UGACACAUUUGGUUUGUGAUAACGAUUAGAUAUAAAGAAUCCGGCUUUCUUUCUAUUGCACGAACUUCAAGGGAUAAGAGCAUAAAAAGAAAAUCAUGAUCAAAACAAUUCUAGUGUGUCUGGUAGCCACAGUGAUAGGACAACCAAUUAAUCCAGUUAAUGUACCAUGUGGUGUACCAACAGUUCAACCUAUAACAACAAGGAUAGUAGGUGGUGUUAUUGCAAAGCCCGGAUCCUGGCCCUGGACUGUCUUGCUUGCUGAUGCCAUUGGUUUUAUUUCGGGAUCAGGGGCACUAAUUCAUCCACACGUCAUUCUUACUUCCGCUCAGCACUUCGAAGGCCCAGGAUUCUCCAUAUUUGACCUUGACCUUCACUACUGGAGAGUUUACGCUGGAGAAUACAACAUCAGUACCAACGACCCUCACGAGAAAUAUUACCACAUUAACAGAGUCGUCCUUCAUCCCGGCUACAACAUCUCCAGCCUCGAGAAUGACAUUGCUUUAAUCAUAACCAGGGAACCAAUACAGUACAAUGAUCAUACCCGACCUGCAUGUCUUCCUGACGCCAGUCAUACAUACACUGUUGGAGAAAUGUGUUAUCUACCAGGCUGGGGAAGCACAUCAAACACCGGAAAUGAAGAAGUUAUGAAUCAAGUAGGUCUUCCAAUAAUUGAUGAUGCCACGUGUCAGAGUCACUGGACGGACUUCCUUCCGGCAACAGAACUUUGUGCUGGUUAUGAGAAUGGUGGAAAAGACUUCUGUUCAGAUGAUAUAGGAAGUCCACUGAUGUGUAAGGAUCAGAACGGUGCUUGGUACAUUCAAGGUCUUGCAUCAUCCGGCGGGGACUGUAAAAAGGCUAAUGAACCCGGAAUCUUUGAAGAUGUUUCCCAAUAUUCUGAUUGGAUAAAGAAAACAAUGGAAGACGCUGGUUACCCAUACCCCUACUAAAUAACUUGACGGACACAUUGAGUUACAAGAAUCUAUGCAUAUAAUUGUAUAACUUAUAGACAAAAAUAAAUAUUGAUAUUGGACUACA